AUGUCACUCCUACUACGUCGUUUCAACUCGAGCACCGCACAGGAGGCGAAAAGAGCUCAAGCAGCUCAGCUUGCGAUCCAGUCGCUCAAAGAUGUUGGAUCACUUCUAUCGCCGUCCUCUGGUUCUGAUGAUCCCGCUACGCAGCCCAUCGACACGAAACCAAUUUUUCAGGAUCCUACCUUAUUCCCGCAUUUGAGUCUUUUGCACCAGGGACAGGUUGUAGCCGAGCUUCAGGAAAAGUAUGACAAAAAAUGGACCAAAUUGAGCAAACAAGAUAAACUAUUGGGAUAUUUUAUAAGUUUUGGUAAUUGGGGUGUAAGAGAAAAGUUUAGUGAUUGGAGGAGCAAUUCGUCUCCUCCAUUAGAUCUACCAUUUCAAGUCCCAUCUAACGCUCGUGUGGGAAAACCAGGGGAUAUAGUGAAAAAGUUAGAACCUGUGAAUUUGAGUGAGACAGAGGUAAGAAAGGACCAAUUUAAUACAAAGAAAAUGGAUCCCAUGAGUAAGGUUCUUAUAUUUGCCAUAUUGAUGAUUACUAUGAUUGCAGUUUAUCGAGACAAAAAAAUUGGUGAAAGGGGGAAACCUAAAGAAUUGUUGAUUGUUGAUAAGUAUCAGGUUGAAAGAGAGAAAAGGAAGAAAGAAGAAGAGGAAAGAGAAGCGAAAGAGAAGUUGGAACAAGAAGAAGAGGAAAGGAAGAGAAACAGAAGGAAGUGGUAUUAUCUCUAUUUGAGAUAA